CAUCCACUGUUCCCCCAGUACAACUACCAGGCGGAGGUGGCAGAGAACCAGCCGGCGGGGACGGCGGUGGUGACCGUGGCAGCGCAGGACCCCGAUGGGGGCGAGGCGGGGCGACUGGUGUAUUCCAUGGACGCCCUGAUGAACAGCCGCUCGCUGGAGCUCUUCAGCAUCGACCCUCGGGCUGGUCUUAUCACCACCACGCAGGCCCUCGACCGCGAGAGCAUGGACCUCCACUACUUCCGUGUGACGGCCGCGGACCACGGGACACCUCGGCUCUCUGCCACCACCAUGGUGGCCAUCGCUGUGGCUGACCGCAAUGACCACGACCCAGUCUUUGAGCAGAGCGAGUACCGGGAGACCAUCCGGGAGAAUGUGGAGGAGGGAUACCCCAUUCUGCAGCUGCGGGCCACCGAUGUUGACUCCCCACCCAAUGCCAACAUCCGCUACCGCUUCGUUAAUGAGCGGGCUGCCCAUGCUGUCUUUGAGAUUGAUCCUCGCUCUGGCCUCAUCACCACUAGCGGGCCAGUGGACAGGGAAAAGAUGGAGAGGUACUCCUUGGUGGUGGAGGCCAAUGACCAAGGAAGGGAGCCCGGACCUCGCUCUGCCACAGUCAGGGUCUACAUCACAGUCCUUGAUGAGAAUGACAACACCCCUCAGUUCAGCGAGAAGCGCUACAUCGUCCAGGUGAGAGAGGACAUACGGCCCCACACUGAGAUCCUGCGUGUCACUGCCACAGACCUGGACAAGGAUAACAACGCGUUGGUUCACUACAACAUCAUCAGCGGGAACAGCCGUGGUCAGUUCUCCAUUGACAGUGUCACUGGAGAGAUACAGGUGGUGGCCCCACUGGAUUUUGAAGUGGAGCGGGAGUAUGCCCUGAGGAUCCGGGCUCAGGAUGCAGGGCGCCCUCCCCUCUCUAACAACACCGGCAUGGCCAGCAUCCAGGUAGUGGACAUCAAUGACCAUGCUCCCAUUUUUGUCAGCACCCCUUUCCAAAUCUCAGUCCUGGAGAACGCUCCCCUCGGCCACUCCGUCAUCCACAUCCAGGCUGUGGAUGCAGACUAUGGCGAGAACUCACGCCUGGAAUACAAACUGACAGGUGUCUCAGCUGACACACCCUUUGUGGUGAAUAGUGCCACAGGGUGGAUCACAGUCAGUGGACCCUUGGAUCGGGAGUCGGUUGAGCACUAUUUUUUUGGGGUAGAGGCUCGAGACCACGGUUCCCCGUCUUUAUCUGCCUCUGCCAGCGUUACCAUUACUGUCAUGGAUGUCAAUGACAACCGCCCUGAGUUCACCCAGAAGGAGUAUUUCAUCCGCCUGAACGAGGAUGCGGCUGUGGGGACCAGUGUCCUCAGCGUCACGGCGAUUGACCGAGAUGUGAACAGUGCCAUUACCUACCAGAUCACGGGCGGCAACACGCGCAACCGCUUCUCCAUCAGCACGCAGGGCGGCAUGGGGCUCAUCACUCUGUCUCUGCCGCUGGACUACAAGCAGGAGAGGCGCUACGUGCUUACUGUGACGGCCUCUGAUCGCACCCUGCGUGACAACUGCUAUGUUCACAUCAACAUCACUGACGCCAACACGCACCGGCCCGUGUUCCAGAGUGCCCACUACUCUGUGAGCAUCAAUGAGGACCGACCCGUGGGCAGCACUGUGGUAGUGAUCAGUGCAACAGAUGAUGACGUAGGGGAAAACGCCCGCAUCACAUACUACCUAGAAGACAAUGUCCCUCAGUUUCGCAUUGAUCCAGAUUCUGGAGCCAUCACUCUUCAGGCAGAACUGGAUUAUGAGGACCAGGUCACAUACACAUUGGCUAUCACUGCAAAGGACAACGGGAUCCCUCAGAAAGCGGACACCACCUACGUUGAAAUCAUGGUGAAUGAUGUUAAUGACAACGCCCCUCAGUUUGUCAACCCUCAUUACCAGGGCAUCAUCUCUGAGGAUGCACCUCCCUUCACCAGUGUGCUCCAGAUCUCUGCCACUGACCGAGAUGCCCACACCAAUGGCCGAGUGCAGUACACCUUCCAGAAUGGGGAGGAUGGGGAUGGAGACUUCACCAUAGAGCCCACCUCAGGAAUUAUUCGCACUGUCCGCAGGUUGGACCGCGAGAAUGUUCCUGUCUACGAGCUGACUGCGUAUGCUGUGGACAGGGGCAUCCCUCCUCAGAGAACUCCUGUCCAUAUCCAGGUUACCAUUCAGGAUGUGAAUGACAAUGCCCCUGUCUUUCCUGCUGAAGAGUUUGAGGUCUUGGUAAAGGAGAACAGCAUUGUAGGCUCUGUUGUGGCCCAAAUCACAGCCAUCGACCCAGAUGAGGGCCCAAAUGCCCAGAUCAUGUACCAAAUUGUGGAAGGCAACAUCCCUGAGAUAUUCCAGAUGGACAUCUUUUCUGGGGAGCUCACAGCCUUGAUAGACCUGGAUUAUGAGACAAAACCUGAGUAUGUGAUUGUAGUGCAGGCCACCUCUGCCCCUCUGGUCAGCAGAGCCACAGUCCACAUCAAACUCAUUGACCAGAAUGACAACAGCCCUGUUCUCAAGAACUUCCAGAUCCUGUUCAAUAAUUACGUGUCCAAUAAGUCUAACACCUUCCCUUCGGGGGUCAUAGGGAGGAUCCCAGCUUAUGACCCAGACGUGUCUGACCGGCUUUUCUACACCUUUGAGCGGGGAAAUGAACUGCACUUGUUGAUUGUAAAUCAGUCAAGCGGGGAGCUGAGGCUGAGCCGUAAGCUGGACAACAAUCGUCCACUCGUGGCCUCCAUGCUGGUGACUGUCACAGAUGGGAUCCACAGUGUGACAGCCCAGUGUGUCCUGCGAGUGAUCAUCAUCACAGAGGACAUGUUGGCCAACAGCAUCACAGUACGGCUGGAGAACAUGUGGCAGGAACGCUUCCUCUCCCCACUGCUGUCCACCUUCCUGGAAGGGGUGGCCACUGUGCUGGCAACACCCAAGGAGGAUAUCUUCAUCUUCAACAUCCAGAAUGACACAGACGUGGGUGGCACAGUGCUCAAUGUCAGCUUCUCGGCCCUGGCGCCGCGGGGUGGGCGCUACUUCAGCUCAGAGGAGCUGCAGGAGCAGCUGUACAUGAAGCGCAUGGCGCUGACAGGUGCCUCCAUGCUGGAGGUGCUGCCCUUUGAUGACAACGUCUGCCUGCGGGAGCCCUGCCAGAACUACAUGAAGUGCAUCUCCGUCCUCAAAUUCGACAGCUCAGCUCCCUUCAUCGCCUCACCCUCCACCCUCUUUCGGCCCAUCCACCCCAUCACCGGCCUGCGGUGCCGCUGCCCCCAGGGCUUCACCGGGGACUACUGUGAAACGGAGAUCAACCUCUGCUACUCCAACCCCUGCCUUAAUGGUGGCAUCUGCACCCGCAAGGAGGGAGGAUACACGUGUGUGUGCCGUCAGCACUUCAGUGGUGAGAACUGCGAGGUGGACAGCCGCUCGGGGCGCUGCGUGCCCGGCGUGUGCCGCAACGGUGGCACCUGCACCAGCGGUGCCGACGGUGGCUUCCACUGCCAGUGCCCAGCUGGUGGCUUCGAGAUGCCCUUCUGUGAGGUGUCCACACGCUCCUUCCCCCCACGCUCCUUCGUCAUGUUCCGGGGCCUGCGCCAGCGCUUCCAUCUCACCCUUGCCCUAUCGUUCAGCACCAUGGAGCCCAAUGGCCUCCUGCUCUACAACGGGCGCCUGAAUGAGAGGCAUGACUUCCUGGCAGUGGAGAUCAUCCAGGGACAGGUCCAGCUGAAGUACUCCACAGGGGAGUCAAGCACGGUGGUGAGCCCCUACCUGCCAGGGGGAGUGAGUGAUGGACAGUGGCACACACUGCAGCUCCGCUACUACAACAAGCCCAAGGUCAGUGCCCUGGGGGUGGUGCAGGGUCCAUCCAAGGACAAGGUGGCCAUCUUGACAGUGGAUGAAUGUGAUGCCUCAGUAGCCCUGCAGUUUGGCAGCGAGAUUGGGAACUACUCCUGUGCUGCAGAGGGUGUGCAGACCAGCUCCAAGAAGUCCCUGGACCUCACAGGUCCCUUGCUCCUUGGAGGGGUCCCCAAUCUGCCGGAAAACUUCCCCAUCACUCACCGGGACUUUGUGGGAUGCAUGAGAGACCUAUACAUCGACAGCAAACGCAUUGACCUGGCCUCCUACAUAGCCAACAAUGGAACUACUGCAGGCUGCCAUGCCAAGCACAAGUUCUGCGACUCCAGCCCCUGCAAGAACGGUGGCACCUGCUCUGUCAGCUGGGGAACCUACUCCUGCCUCUGUCCUGUUGGCUUCGGUGGCAAAGACUGCCGCCACGCCAUGCACCAUGCCCACUAUUUCCAGGGCAACAGUGUCCUAACCUGGGACUUCAAGACAGAUGUAAAGAUCUCGGUGCCCUGGUACCUGGGGCUGGCGUUCCGGACACGUCAGACAGAUGGGGUGCUUCUGCAGGCUCACGCUGGCCAGUACACCACCCUGCUCUGCCAGCUGGCUGGGGGCCUGCUGUCCUUCAUGGUGAGCAGAGGGUCUGGGCGUAGCACCAGCCUGCUCCUGGACCAGCUGCGGCUCAGCGAUGGGAGGUGGCACGACCUGCAGCUGGAGCUGCGGGACAUCCGCAGCGGGCGAGACUCGCGCUACAUCAUCACCCUUACCCUGGACUUUGGGAUCUACCAGGAUACGGUGGUUGUUGGCAAUGAACUGCAUGGCCUGAAGGUGAAACAUCUGCAUGUUGGAGGGGUCCUGGCUGCUGGCGAGGUGCAGAAUGGGCUGAGGGGCUGCAUACAGGGUGUGCGACUGGGUGACAGUGUCACUGGAACCCUCCUGCCCAAGCCUAGCCACGCUCUGCGAGUGGAGGCUGGGUGCAGUGUGCCAAGCCCUUGUGACUCCAGCCCCUGCCCAGCCAACAGCAUCUGCAAGGAUGAGUGGCAAAGCUACUCCUGUGUCUGCCAUACAGGGUACUAUGGAGGGGACUGUGUGGAUGUGUGUCACCUCAACCCCUGCAAGAACAAGUCAGUGUGUCGCCGCAAGCCAGGCUCCCCCCUGGGCUAUGUCUGCGAGUGUGGAGGGAACUUUUUUGGGCAGUACUGUGAGCACAGGAUGGACCAGCAGUGUCCGAAGGGCUGGUGGGGGAACCUCACCUGCGGGCCCUGUAACUGUGAUGUGAACAAAGGCUUUGACCCUGACUGCAAUAAAACCAAUGGGCAGUGCCACUGCAAGGACUUCCACUACCGCCCCAAGGGCAGUGACACCUGCCUGCCUUGCGACUGCUACCCUGUGGGCUCCACCUCACGCUCCUGUGACAGGGAGACAGGACGGUGCCACUGCCGGCCUGGCGUCAUCGGGCGCCAGUGCAAUAGCUGUGACAGCCCUUUCGCCGAGGUGACACCCAGCGGUUGUGAGGUGCUCUAUGAUGGCUGUCCCAAAAGCCUGAAGGCAGGUGUGUGGUGGCCCCAGACUAAGUUUGGCUUCUCAGCUGCUGUGCUGUGUCCCAAAGGCUCCUUGGGUGCAGCUGUCAGACAUUGUGAUGAGGAGAAGGGUUGGCUGGAGCCAGAUCUCUUCAACUGCACUUCACCUGCCUUCAAGGAGCUCUCCAAGCUGCUGGAGGGCUUGGAGAGGAAUGAGACUGAGCUCAACACAAUUGAGGCCAAGAAGCUGGCCCACCGCCUCCGUGCUGUGACAGACCACAUGGACCACUACUUCGGCAACGACGUGCACAUCACCGUCCGCUUGCUGUCCCGCCUCAUGGCCUUCGAGAGCCAGCAGCAUGGCUUUGGCCUGACAGCCACGCAGGAUGCCCACUUCAAUGAGAACCUCCUGCGUGCAGGCAGCUCUGUGCUGGCGCCAGAGAACCGGGAUCACUGGGCCAUGCUGCCACACAGCGAGCAUGGCAGCACCAGCCUCAUGGAGCAGCUGCGGGACUACUCGGGCACCCUGGCCAGCAACAUGAAACUUACCUACCUCAACCCCUUUGGUGUUGUCACCCCCAACAUCAUGCUGAGCAUUGAUCGCAUGGAGAACCACUCCCACAUCCGCCGGCGCUAUCCUCGCUACCACAGCAGCCUCUUCCGUGGCCAGCCCGCCUGGGACCCCCACACCCACGUUGUGCUGCCACUGUCUGUGCUGAGCCCCCCAAAACCCGAAGCAAUGCCAACACCAUCUGGGAUUGAAGAGAACUACACUGUGGAGAACUCUCCAAGAAAGGUGCUUCCAGAGCCUGAGCCUGCUCUCACUGUGAUCAUCCUCAUCAUGUACCGCACCCUGGGGGGGCUGCUGCCUGCACGUUACCAGGUGGAUCGGCGCAGUGUCAGGCUCCCCAAGAAUCCCGUGAUGAAUUCCCCCAUUGUGAGCGUGUCUGUGUUCAGCAAUCACACCUUCCUUCGGGGACCCCUGGAUACCCCUCUUGUGCUGGAAUUUAGCCUGCUGGAGACUGUCAACAGGAGCAAACCUCUCUGUGUCCAGUGGAACCACUCUAACCCGACCAACCCCUCUGGCUUCUGGACAGCGAGGGACUGUGAGCUCGUGUACCGAAAUGCCACUCACGUCCACUGCCAGUGCUCCCAGUUUGGCACCUUUGGGGUUCUGAUGGACAGCUCACAUCGAGAGCAACUGGAAGGUGACCUGGAGACGUUGGCAGUUGUCACCUAUUCCUUGGUGUCUCUCUCCCUGGUGGCUCUGCUGGUGACCUUCUCUUUCCUGACCUGCCUCAAAGGCCUGAAGUCCAACACACGUGGCAUACACUCCAACAUAUCAGUCACCCUCUUCUUUUCUGAGCUGCUCUUUCUCCUGGGUAUCAACCGCACCGAGAAUCAGUUUCUUUGCACUGUGAUUGCCAUCCUCCUCCACUGCUUCUUCCUCUCCACCUUUGCCUGGCUCUUCGUCCAGGGCCUCCACAUCUACCGCAUGCAAACUGAAGUCCGCAACGUCAACUUUGGGGCCAUGCGCUUCUACUAUGCCAUCGGCUGGGGCGUGCCUGCCAUCAUCACUGGGCUGGCUGUUGGCCUGGAUCCUGAGGGCUAUGGGAACCCUGACUUCUGCUGGAUUUCCAUUCAUGAUAAGCUGGUCUGGUGCUUUGCAGGCCCCAUUACUGUCGUCAUUGUGAUGAAUGGGGUCAUGUUCCUGCUUGUGGCCAAGAUGUCCUGUUCCCCAAGUCAAAAGGAGACCAAGAAGAAAUCGGUUCUCAUGACGUUACGGAGCUCCUUUGUUCUGCUUCUAAUUAUUAGCACUACCUGGCUCUUUGGUCUCUUGGCUGUCAACAACAGUGUCCUGGCUUUCCACUACCUCUACACUGUCCUCUGCAGCCUCCAGGGCCUGGCUGUGCUGGUCCUGUUCUGUGUGCUGAAUGAGGAGGUGCGGGAGGCCUGGAAGCUGGCCUGCCUUGGCAAGAAGGGGCAGAGUGAGGAGGCCACAAGGAGCACGCAGCAGGGCCCCAAUGCCUACAACAACACAGCACUGUUUGAGGAGAGUGGUCUGAUCCGCAUCACCUUGGGAGCCUCCACCAUCUCCUCCGUUAGCAGCGUGCGCUCUGCCCGCACCCACUCCAGCCAGAGAGCUUACCUCAGAGAUAACAUGACAGCACGUCAGGGCUCAUCCCUAGACCACAGCCUGCUGGCUCAUGCUGGCCCCACGGAUAUUGACGUGGCCAUGUUCCACCGUGAUGCGGGGGGAGACCAGGACUCAGACUCAGACAGUGACCUGUCCCUGGAUGAGGAGCGUAGCCUCUCCAUCCCAUCCUCAGAGAGCGAGGAGAAUGUUCGCCUGCGGGGCCGCUUCCAGCGCCAGUUCAAGCGGGCAGCACACAGUGAACGCCUCCUCACUAACCCUACCAACACCACUCCCAAAGAUGUGGAUGGCAAUGACCUCAUGUCAUACUGGCCAGCUCUGGGUGAGUGUGAGGUUCACCCCUGCUCCUUGCAGAAGUGGGGCUCUGAGAGGAAGCUGGGAUUUGACAUCAACAAGGAUGCAGCCAACAAUAAUCAGCCAGACCUGGCCUUGACCAGUGGGGAUGAGAACUCCCUCACCCAGACUCAACGGCAACGAAAAGGGAUUUUGAAGAACCGUCUCCAGUACCCUCCCACUCUCCAAGGGCUGCCCUCCGUUGGCAGGAUGCCCAAUGAGCUGACGUGGUACAAGACCUCCACGCUGGGUCACAGGGCUGUCCCUGCCGCCUCCUACGGCCGGAUCUACUCUGGCACAGGCAGCCUGUCGCAGCCAGCCAGCCGGUACUCGUCGCGAGAGCAGCUCGACAUGCUGAUGAGGAGACAGAUGUCCCGGGAGCAGCUCAGCAGGCACAACUCAGGAGAGUGCUUGGAAACCGUGCCCAGCCGGCAUGGUCAGAGAGAUUAUGGGAACACGCUGCCCCGAAGGCAAGGCUCCAGAGACCACCUUGAGACCUUACCCUGCAGGUUUGGGUCAAGAGAGCAGCUAGACUAUGGGCCAGUAAGAGAGGUCUCGAGAGAGUGGCUAAACACAUUGCCAAGCAGGCAAGUGUCCAGAGACCAAAUAGACACAUUGCCAAGUCGAGAUACUUCUCGAGAACAAUUGGAUUUGCUUUCAAGAAGACAGCCUUCAAGGGACCAGCUAGCAUUGGCUAGACAAACUUCAAGAGAGCAGCUGGACUUUCUGUCCAGAAGAUCCAAUUCCAGAGAGCCUCUGGACACAGUGCCUAGCAGGCAUCCGUCACAGGACAACCUGGGAAGCCUCUCUCGGAGGCAGCUGUCUAGGGAAAGCCUAGAGCCACUGUCAAGGAGACAGCCUUCUAGAGAGAACUUGGAGGCCAUUCCUAGCCGACAUCCUUCUACUGAACAGUUAGAUAUCCUUUCUUCCAUCCUUGCUUCUUUUAACUCCUCCGUCCUGUCCUCAGUGCAAACUUCCAGCACACCUUCAGGCCCCCAGACCACUGCCACACCCUCUGCUGUGCAGACUUCAACACCUCACUCCACCACCUCCCACAGCAUUUCGGAGCUGUCACCAGACUCAGAAGUAACAAGAAAUGAGGGCCAUUCCUGA